AUGUCUUUCCAGCUCGCCUCGUUGGCUCCGCGCCCAGGGGUAGAGAAACCAGCGGUCGGCAAGAUUGACCUGCCGAUACAUCACAGCGACAAGGAGAAACUGCGCCAUGUGAUGGAGACGAUGGAGAAGGAGUAUAACUUCAAGGCAACGCUUCAAAUGUACAAGAAGCGAUUCACGAAAUGGGGCUUCUCAAAGAACAAACCGCGUGCUGGCGCCAAAAAGUCACAGAGUCGCGAUCUUCAUACCCAAGUGAUCAAGCCCAUACCCAAAGGUACAAUACAAGUCACUCUACCCGCAUCUCUCAAGCUAGGCGCUUCAGAUCUCGCAAACCUGGAGUUCUUGGCAAGCAUACAGAACUGGGGUUCCACAUUCUUUGACUCGCCAGAAGACCAUGGCUUCCCAUGCACGCCCAGUCCCCCAGCCUCCCCUACCGAGAUGGUGUCUGCGAGGCGAUACGACCCGGAAAGCCUGAGCUUUUCCUUUAGGAUCAUUGUUGAAUUGCUGAGAAAAGGCAAAGGCGAACUGGCGGGUCGUCUAACGCGCAAGGCGUUUCUCCAGAUUGAGGCCAUGCUGCAGGUUGAAGGACCCUUGUUCAUCUGGAACAUUUUGGAGAUUCUAUACUACAUGGCGCUCUACGGGCAAACACAACUUUUCGGGAUUCUACUACUCCACCUCAAUAACCUAGCAAGGGACCGCUUCGAGCCAGGACACCCCCUCAUGCAGAUGUUGCACGGCUUACGCAUGCUCCUCCAAGGCUGGCACAAAGACUCGCUCCCCCCUCAAGCAUCAGUGCUACAUCAAGCCUGGUCACUAAACGCAAACAUGAUCUUCAACAACUUUGACACUCGGCUCUUGAUCCUCUACUACCGCUUGGUAUGGGACUCGGAGAUGGUCCGUCUCCCCCAGAAUAAGUUGGAGGAUGCCGACAGAUGGUUCGCCCUCCUGGAAAACAAGGUUCCGAUGGAUUAUUCUUUUGCCGAGGAUAUGAUAUCUCGCAUUCAUCCUGACCUCUUGGCCAGCGAUGGGUAUGGGAGAGAACCGCCCAAGGAGUAUGAGAUGCUCAAGCACACCAGUGUCUCAGCCAUACAACACCGAAGCACAAUGCCAUUUGCAGAGACAAAGAUGAAGAUCCGAAUCCUCUCUGGAAUGUUAAAAAGCCGAAUCCUAGAGAGAAAGAAUACCCUCACUCCACUGAGCGACAUCGAAGCAGACCCGGGGCCGUCUUUGCCUCAACGACACCCUCCUCAGUUGCCACGCUUCCAUGCCCGGAUCAUCGCAUACGUCAUGAAGGUUCUCGUUGAUGUGGACCUGGAAAUGGGGUUCGAUCCGACGAUCGCGACGGAUAGGAUGCGCAGUAUCGUUGCUAUGCGCGAGUAUGGACAGAGUCGGAUUGGACCUCAGACGAUCCAGGAGCUGUGGCGAUUGGAGGAUUUGCUUCGGCGGCAGGGAUGUAAAGAAGAGGCGGACCAAAUUCGACAGGACACAUACAAGAGGUUAGAGGAAUAUGUUGAUGAUGUCCCUAUACAUGAGGUAUAG